UUUUUUGAGUGCAAUAGACAACUUUUCCCAGCUUUAGUAACUGAUUGGUCAAAACAGCAAAGGCGGGACAAUUUCAGGUGCCUCCGGUUGUCACUAGCGAAACCGCAAGCGAUUUCACCACUUGUGUGUGAAUGAGAGGCUAUUUGGCGCCAACUAGCUUGCUAAAGCUUCAGAAAAUAAAAUAAAUUGUUGCCUCUGGCGAAAGUUAAUCGCGUUCGAGUCUGUUCUUGAUUGGACAACUAUAGAUCGGUUAUCAACUAUUUCAGUACCACAGCCAUGGCUUUUGAACAACGUGUGCGAGUUGGUCAGGGCACCCAAUUGCUGCCAAAUGUUGUUUCAACGGAGGAGCAGUCUGUGAUUGUUGUGAAGAAACUGCUGGCCAUUGCAGUCUCCAGCAUCACCUACCUUAGGGGUCUUUUUCCAGAAAAAGCUUAUGGGAGCAAAUAUAUUGAAGAGCAGAAAGUUAUGAUCCUCAGGGAGGAGCGCACCUGCCCAGGUGCCAGACAGAUUGUACAAUGGAUGCAGGGAUGCUUUGAUGCUCUUCAGAGAAAAUAUUUGCGGACAGUUGUUCUGUCUAUAUACACAGACUCAGAGAAUCCUAAGAAUGUUACUGAAUGCUACCAGUUCAAAAUCCAGUACACUAAAAAGGGACCCAAAAUUGACUUUGAAAGCAACAAUAGCCAGAAUGUGACAAAUUUGGCUUGCACCAACACAAAAAAGGCCAGUAUCUUACUGGUGCGUAAACUCUACACAUUGAUGCAGAACCUGGGUCCCCUGCCAGACAACGUCUGUCUCAAUAUGAAACUCUCCUACUACGAUGAUGUUACUCCGCAGGAUUAUCAGCCCCCAGGCUUCAAAGAGGGGGACAAUGAUGGCAUGCAGUUUAAGAAUGAACCUGUCUACCUUACUAUGGGUGAAGUGGUCACUCCUUUCCACACCCUGAAGGUGGAUUUGACUACAGAGAAAGAGAGGUUGGAGCAGGUAGAAGACCAGCGGCCUGUGUGUGUGAGGGACAAGUGGGUGAUGAAAAUGGAGGAGAGGGCAGUGACCAAGGUUAGCAGUCAGCAGAUUUGCAUGAAUAAAGACAUGGAAAAUCCAAACAACAACCUUUACUUGGACAAUUCACAGGUCCAGGUGAACUUCCAGGAGAAGAUAGUGUUUGAGGAGAUCACAGAUACCUCUCAGGAGAGAGAGACUGAGGUGAACAGCGUCAGCAAAAAGCCCUUUUCCAUUGAAGAGAAAAUGAUAUCUCCGUUCGAGUUCCCGCACAGUCAGGAUAUCCUUUCCUCUCUGCCAAAGAGACGCAAAUUCAGUGAGCCCAAGGAACGCUACUGAACUCUGUCUCCAGACCAGGAUAUGAUUUCUCCCAUUUGCCUUGUCAAAAUCUCUGCACCUUUUCAGUGUUGUCACUUAUAUUUAUAGGUCCGCUGCCAACAUUGAAAUAUGCACUCAUAAUUAUUACAAUGGGCAGGAUAUUGGACAGUAUUUUUAGACCACCUCUUUGUUGUUGUUUGUUUAUACUUUGGGUUCCACGGUUGUCACAUUCAAUGUAAGAUGUUACUGUCUUUAAGGUUUGAUACUGAUAUUUUUCUGAUUACAAUUUGCUUUGUUAAACUUUACACAUUUUAUAAUAUCACUAUACAACACCCUGCUUUUAUAUUUUAUAUGAUAAAUAAUACUUUUUUUUUCUUAUUUAAGUUUGUAUAGUUUAGAAUAGAGGGUUCUACAUUUAUUGCUUAACAUCAGAUGUAACAACUUUAGAUGUAACUCACCAGCAGCAAACAAGGAUGCACCUGUUAGUCUUGUGGUUGGAAAUGGAAACAGAUUCGUGCUACAUUUCUACAUUAAAGAGCUUUGGUUUCCUGUUUGUAAAAACCUGAUACUGUUCCUAAGCGGCAAAACAUUUACACAACACUGUAUCAUCAUGUUAAAAUAAUAGCCCAAUCUUAAAAAAAUAGGACUGCCAAAAUGUGGAACUAGCGUGGUGUGAUUUAAAUGAAGCUGUUAAAAGAAAACAGAUUAUAUUUGUACACUGACCUUUGGUCUGCGAUAACGGACCAUCAGCACCCUCCUCCCUGGCUGGGCACACUGUGUUUUUAAUCUGCUGUUGUUUUUCCCAGAGUGGGGGACAUUUGCUGAUAGACUGCAGAUCACAGCAGAUCAAUACUGAAGGAUGCCUUUGUGAUGCAUAUCCAGACUGACCCUCUCUACUCACCACCCUCCCACUGGGGGGAGAGAGUCCAUCAAAUCGGCUGCAUUUAAACACUGGGCUCAUCUUCGGCAUCGGAGAAUGCCUUCAUUUCAUUGUUGUUUUUUUUCCAUGGGUAUGGAAGAUAACGUUCCACUGUAAAGCUGAAUGAACUGCAGAAUCUAGUGUGAGGCCCACUGCGCCUGUAACAAUAGCUAUACAGCAGUGAAUUGACAAUGUUUAUGAGCUGUGAAAUGAAUCAGAGUUAACCUCAUUCAGAAUCUGGCAGCGUUCUUCAACUGUUUCU